GUCACGCUAUUACAAUUAUUCAAUGUUGCGAACUCUGACUGUUAACCUUAUCAAAUGCCGGCGCAUUAAAUAUGCUGAUUCAUAUUUUAAUAUCAAUAAAUUCAGACAACUUUCAUCAGGAUCCACUCAGACAAAAUUUGGUACACCGGCUAAAAUAGUUAACGCAAUGGAAGAUAAAUCCAUUUUCCUUUUGCCCAACAACCAAAGAUUUGUUGAAUUGGAUAGUUCUCAAGCAUUCACUAAUUUAACUCCAGAUGAAAAAUGUUAUGCUCAUUAUUUAAGUCAGGCAGCCUGGAAUGGUGGACUUAUUGUCCUUGUCCAAACAAGUCCAGAAUCUCCAAGGAUCUUUUCGUUACUGCACAGAAUUUUUAUUGCAGAACCUUUAGAAGAUCUUAAAAAGUCUUCUAUAGCAGCUGGAGUCACUGAAGAAGAUUUUCAGGCAUUUCUAGUAUAUGCAGGUGGAUUAUUUGCCAACAGUGGUAACUACAAAGGCUUUGGAGACACAAAGUUCAUCCCCAAUCUUUCAAAGGAAUCAUUUGAGUUGAUUGUGAAAGCUUCUAAAGCUUAUGAAAAUGAUGGAACACACAUCACUAAAUUGUGGGAGAACACGAAAAAUUUGAUGUACAGUGUCGCUCCUAGACUAACUAGUCUUGGCUUAGCCAACAAAGGAGUCACAACAUAUUUCUCCAGCAACUGCACUGAAGAGGAUUCCGCUCUUGUGAAUGAUUGGAUGAAAACAAAACGCAUUGAGGCCUACAUUUGUAGAACUUUCAAAACUACUGCUGAAGAUGGCUUACCCUUAUACACAAUACACCUGGCUAGUAUCGAAGCAACCCCAAAACCACCGAUCACGAUGGAGAAGGAAAAAUACAAGAACGCGUAUUUCCGAGUGACUCGCGGCGACUAUGCGCCUCUACUCAGUUUGGUGAACGAAAACUUGAACAAAGCCGUCGAAUACGCGGCGAAUGACAACGAGAAGAACAUGCUCAAACACUACAUCAACAGUUUCAAGGAGGGCGAUUUGAAUGAACACAAGGAGGGCAGCAGAUUUUGGAUCAAAGACAAAGGGCCGAUAAUAGAAACAUACCAAGGAUUCAUAGAGACUUACCGAGACCCCAGUGGACAACGGGCAGAGUUCGAAGGCUUUGUUGCGAUGGUCAACAAAGAAAUGUCAAAGAAAUUCGGUCAACUAGUGGAAGGCGCAGAAGGGUUUAUUAAGCUGUUGCCUUGGGGACAAGACUUGGAGAAGGACACCUUCCUCCGACCAGACUUCACCAGCUUGGAUGUUCUUACGUUCUCAGGCAGUGGGAUUCCAGCAGGCAUUAAUAUACCUAACUAUGAUGAAAUCCGUCAGAACGAGGGCUUCAAGAACGUGUCCCUCGGGAACGUGAUCCCGGCCGCCUACAAGGAGUCCGUCAUACCGUUCCUCAGUGACGCGGACAAACAGUUGCUCGAGCAGUAUCGGGUGCCAGCUUUUGAGGUACAAGUAGGACUCCACGAGCUACUCGGUCACGGCAGUGGCAAGCUCCUCCGACAAAACGCUGAUGGCACUUUCAAUUUCGAUAAGGAAAAAGUCAAGAAUCCGCUCACAGGCGCAGCGAUUGAGUCGUGGUACACCGAGGGCGAGACGUACGACAGCAAGUUCACGACGCUCGGCUCCGCGUUCGAGGAGUGUCGAGCUGAGGCGGUGGGACUGUACCUCUCGCUGCAACCGGAGAUAUUGAAGCUCUUCGGCUACGAGGGUGAGGAGGCGGAGAAGGUGACGUACGUGAACUGGCUCAGCUUACUGUGGAACGGCGCCGCCAAGGCCACGGAGAUGUAUCAGCCCUCCACCAACACUUGGCUGCAGGCGCACGCGAGGGCUCGCUUCGUUUUGAUGCGGCUGAUGGAGCUGGAAGGCGACGGUUUGCUCACCGUCACCGAGGUGGAGCCCGGCAAAGAUCUGCUGCUCACUUUGGACAAAUCGCGACUGGCUACUGAUGGGAAGAGAAUUAUUGGCGAUUUCCUAGUGAAGCUGCAGAGUAUAAAGGCGACGGGCGACGUGGCGCACGGCGAGCGCCUGUUCCAGCGCUACAGCGAGCUGGGCGCGCCGUGGGGGCGCUGGCGGGACAUCGUCAUGCUGCACAAGCAGCCCAGGAACAUCUUCGUGCAGCCCAACACCGUGCACAAUGGAGAGGAAGUGCAGUUGAAACGGUACCCAGCGAGCGCGGAGGGGAUGGUCUCGGCGUGCGUGGAGCGGUUCCCCACCACACGAGUCGACGACAUCCUCGAACAGCUGGCGGAGGCCGACCGCAAGUACUUCGAGGACUUGCAGCUACUCGCCGAAUGAUCCCACCUUGGAUACUUCUACCGCCGUUUUUAAUAUACAUAUUUGAUACAAAAA